CUAUUUGCAGCCUAUUGUUGAGUAACCUAUAAGAAAUUAUCAUUUAACGCCUAAGUAAUGCUUCUGUUCAGUCAUAAUGCUUGUAUUCUUUAUGUUUCUUUUAAUGACAAUGUGAUACUUAGACUAGACUACUGUUUUGGGUUAUGUUAGCAAUGUCUCAUUAUUACAGGCUAAACAAACUUACAAUGCCACCUAUAGGAUUUCUAUGGUGCCUCCUCUUCACAGAGCUGUAGGUCACUCUGCUGCACUGAGUGCGCCUAAUUUUGAAUGUGCAUCUGAUGCUCGUCUCUGAUUGGAUAAUGACGUGAGGGCGGGAGCACGCACCAUUUGCAGAGUGGAGAAGGAGAAGACAGAAAACGUCGAAGUCUUUAGGACAAAUUACAAACAUACGAUUUGAAUUUUCUUUUGAUGAUCUGUGUUUGUUCAUCAGAAAGUUUGCACGAGUAUUGCUGAGGAAAUGCAGAAUGUGCACGAAUUGGGUCAAGCCUACACAAUAAAUAAGGUACUGUGAAGUAACACGAAGUGAGUUUUAUGCUGAUCCGAAUGCCUGUGGUCCUCCACGCACUCCGGAAACGUAUGACACAGCUGUUGCUGAUCUCCAGGCUGAAACUAUCCAAGACGUUAGAGGAAUAGAGUGCAAAUAUGAGUGACUCAGGGCGAACCUUCCUAGAUGUCGCCAUUACGGAAGUCCUACCAGAACUUCAAGCAGUGAACAAAAACAUCCUGGAAGAGCACUUGCAGUCCAUCGGAGUUGAGACAAGUGAUGAUCUACGCUUCGUAACGGAGGCAGAUUUGAUGACAGCAUUAAGACCUGUACAAGCGAGAAAGCUUCUUUCUGCUUGGAAACAGAAAUACCAAACUCCAGAGAACAGCUCGCUAUCAUCUGUGGAAGCCUCACCCACCCAGUCGCUGUCAUUGCUCUCUGUUUCACCCCAAAGUCUAUCAUCAACCUCUUCCAGCAGCCCAGGACGUGACAUACAUUGGGAUGACAACUUCGAAAUUCCAUGGAGUAAACUUCCUGCAGAAGUUAUGCAUUUUCUUGAGAGGGGGAAAAGGCCUCGGCCAAAACUGAGGAGGCAAAUGGUCCGGAUUGUUGUGACUGAGAUGAUGGAAAAAUGCCCUCAUGUAGGUAGAAAACAUUCAAUUGACGUUGCAAAAAAAAUGGUAGCAAAAUAUCCCAAUUCUCUGCAAGAUGUCAUAGAGGGUGAUAUUGUUGGUGCAGGCUACCUUUCCCUUGUCAAACAGUUGCAGAACAGAAUUGAAAAUGUAAGGCGCACUUCAACACCCAAAAUAAGAAAAAGAAAACAUCAGACUGACUCAGACCACACAGACGAGAUCCCAUUAGAAGAAAGAGCAGCAAUGCAGGAUACAUAUGGGUGCCUUAAAUGGAAUGUAGAAUUUCUGCCUCUUGAAGAAACUCCAGAGAGCCAACAGCAAAAGAUGGAGAAACUCAAGGUGAUGUUCCAACAAGCUGACGCCAAUCCAGAAGAGGUAAAAAGUCUAAUGAAGUCCACUUAUUACACACAGCGUCAACAUGUCAAUCAGGGGAAAAGUAUCAAAUGCCUUAGAGAGGAGUGGCCAUUUUGGUUUGAUGAACUUGGCAUGUCGGUCCACUUCAAGGAACUUACUGGGAUUGACCUCAAAGAGACAUUCACACGAAAUUUGGACUUGAAGGGGAAAAGGCUUCUGGAGUACAUGACCACAGUUGCUGUCAGCAAAAGCAAGACGUUCCUUCAGACUUAUGCAAGGCUUCAGAGGAUACGGGGACCGCAGAGUGGCUGCUCAGAUGAUGUGAAAGAGAUGGUCCUGCUUCUGCUCAGCUACUUUGAUGAGAAGGAGGAGUACAUGCUUUUCCAUGUUGAAGAUACAUGUCUGGCAGAUGAGGUACAACUGGAGCAAGUGCCUCUGACACCCACUAUUAUUGUGUGUGGACAGUCCUGCUAUUCCUCAAGAAGAUACAUGCUGAGUAUUGAUCGGAACCUCGUCAGCACAAACAUAUCCUCCUUCGUUUCUGCACUGUGCCUCAUGUUCGGGAGCUACUACAAUUUUAACAUCCAUUAUCCAUCUGAGCUGGCUUCCACUCUGGAGUUUCUUCAGAGGUGUUUCUUCUGCAUGAACCCAGAAAAAGGAACCAAAGUAGAGAACAAAAACUCGAAGCAUCAUCUCAGUGUGAACCCUCGAGUCCUCACCCUGAUUCAGGAUCUCGCCGACCACGAGUGGCGCUAAGCCUAAGUAUUGACUCUCUGUGGACUGUUAGGUUUAAGUACACAUUGUGGAUUUAAC